AACAUAUUUGUAAUGUUUGGAACCAAGCCAAAUGAACAAAGACAAAUCAACAGAAAGACUGAAAACAAUGAAUGAACAAUAAAAGCUGCCCCUAAAGCAAUACCAGGGACUUGACAUAAAUGCCUCUAAAUUUAGAGGCAUUUAACUCACAGUCUUCAAAGUCAGUUGUUCAUUAUAUUGACAAUUCAUUUGAGCAUUUCUGUCUUUAAAGUGGCCCAUUUAAUUCGAAUUACCACUAGGUAAAGUGCUUCAAGUGAGUUCUGCUUCUUUAAGUUCAACACAUAGAUCUGCAAAUGAAAGGACAGGAUUUCCUCCAAAAAGGACAUGAUGUCAUAGGAUGUUGAUCAGAAUAUUACCCCCAAAUGCAGUGAGGUUAUAUAACUUUAAGACCAACAUUGAGAGAAGUUUUGUUGAAGCACAGUUCAAGAACAAUGGAGCUCAUAUUUAGUGACCUCCUGGAGACACUGCUGCUUUGAAGAAGAGCUGAAGAAUCAAGAGUUGUAAUCUAGGAAAGUGAAGAAGGAACUUUUAUACAAAUAACAGAGAGAAGGAUUUUCAAUGGGGCCAGCUGAAAGAUCAGGAGGACACAGGACUCAUUCAAACUGCCUACAGGUUGACAGCUUAGCUCGGCAGACAGAAAACGCUAAGACCUGGACAUAAGGAUGCGAGGAUGCCAUGGUCGAAAAUGAACGCAAGUCCCUCUGGACAGCGGACUACACGUCUGGGUGGGGAUGGUAGCUGGAGUGCUGUGGCUGUCAGGGAAAGGACCGUCAUGGAAGGUCUUUGUGAGUGAGUCACAGCUAAAACCUGGAGAAGUGGAGUCUGAACAGUGCAACCCUUAUGUGUGCUGGGCAUGCUCAGAAGCAGGGGGCUGGUUGGGGUCCGAAAUCGGAAGGAGGCUUCUUCUGCACCGUGCUAGAGCAGGAGUGCCCCGGGGAGCCUGCUGUGCGUUAGAAGAGAAGAUCCCAUUUCACUCAAGUAGGCGUGGCUGAGAUUGAGAGGACAAGAAGUACAUGAAGUGAUGAGGCCCAGGGAAACACCUGAUGCUCCAACAAAGGAAGAAAAAAAGGAAGGAUUCUGAUUACAUACAGUUACAUGAAGUAAUUGUUUUUGAAAAGCCACAAAAAGAAUGAAUUGUGGAUUUACAUUUCUCUAUGUUAGAGUCCAGGUAACAAUUUGGAUUGAAAACCAAAAGUAACAAAUAGGUUAAGACAUUAAUUUCUACCAGAAUACAAGGAUGUUGGUUGGCAUUUUAUAAACACUAAUCCAAACACUGAAAGGCAUUCAGUGAAAACUCACUGAGACUAUGUCCCAUGAGUAGAGGCUGAAAUCCUGAGUUCUGUUCUACACUGUCUAAGUAUUUGGGAUGUGCAUUCGCCAAAAAUAUAAGGAAAGUCCAACAAAAUGAAAAAUGAUAAAGUGGAUAAACAAUGACUCGCCAAAAGAAAAUGCAUAUCCUGGCUUGAUAACUCUUCCUUGAUAACUCACUUCUGCAAAGAAAGAACUAUUAAAAAAAAAUAACAAUAACCAAAAAACUGAUUGUAACUUCAGAUCUUUCUUGAGCAAUACCACCCAGGGUGGGAACCUUAUCCAAUACCUUUCUUAGCAAAUAAAGAGUAUUAUAAUGAAGAAGUUAUUGAGGUUCAAAAGUUCAGCAGUGAGUGAGUGCAUUUAAAGUUUGACACACCCAGCCAGGUCUGGUGAAGAGAGUCAAGAGGAAGAACUAUCAGUAUGUGAAAAGCUUGGUGUGGAAACUGAAAUUUGACUGUGUGCCUAAAAAAGGAAUGUGAAGAAAGAAACCCCAAAGUAAUUGUCAACCUUGAACAACAAAAACCAGGAUCAUUUUGUAUUGUUGCUAAGCUUGAGUGGGAGGUCGAACAGCAGCCGAGACCAUGGAGAACUCAGUGGCUUCUUGCGUCCUAUACUCAGGGGAUGGCAAGGUAAAUGGGUCAAAAUCUGGGGUUACCUUUAACAAAGGAUUAAGUGGAGAGAACGGGGACCAAAAAUCUGUUCUUCCGACACUUGGGGAAGGGGACUUUCAGAACUUAGAAACUGAAGAAAAGUGCCGGGAGACUAGAACCAACGGGGCGGAAGCGACUGAACUUUCAGUACACACGCCCUGCAGUCUCAGUUCGUCCUUGUGUUUUAGCUCCCUAAACAAAUCUCCACCACAACCUUGUGCAACUGCGGCUUCCGCGGCAGAGAAUUCAGAAGUCUCUUCCCCCUCUUCUACUUGCAAAGGAAAUCGGGUAGUGAAAAACCAGUGGGAAAUCAACAGUUCUAAUGCCACGUCCGAAGAGUCGGGACAAGAGGAGGAGGAGGCUGCAAGGGCAGACCACAGCAGAGCAGCUCAGCCGCCGCCACGGCCUGUCACUUAUUGUAUCCAGACUGAAGCUCAGCCCAGGAAGGAACCGCAGCAGCCUGGGGACGGGGAAAGUGGUGUGGGGGAGGAGGGCGGGGACGGGGGCGGCGGCGGCGGCAGCAACCGCCGCGGCAUCUGCAGCAUCAGCCAGAGCGAUCCUACGGGUGGCGCGUUGGGAGAAGAACCGGACUUGGUGAUCGAAGUGGCAGGACGCCGCAUCCAGGCGCACAAGUCAGUGCUAGCUGCCAAGAGCGAUUACUUCCGAGCGCGCUCUUCUAGGGAGAUCCUGCGGGUGAAGGGGGUGAGCUACGCAGCGUUGCGGCUUCUGGUGGAUUACCUGUACACUGGACACAUGGGGGAAGUGAAGCAGGACAAUGUGGCCGAGGUGAUAGCCGGGGCGCGCUUCCUUCAGAUGCCCUGCGCCCUGCAGUGUGCCACUGACGCCAUGCGGGCGCAGCUCACCCUUAGCAACUGCUACCAGGUACUGACCCUGGCCAAGCAACAGAGGCUCAGCGAGCUCCGGGAGGCUGCUUAUCGUUUCAUGAGCGAUAACUACCUCCAGGUGCUGCGGGAGCCGUCCGUUUACGGCCGCCUGACAGGCUCUGAAAGAGACCUCAUCCUCCAGCGCAGGAUGGAGGCCGGUCGCAGCUGCCUCCUGGUGGCCGAGAUCAAUGACGUUUUUGAGCGGGUGGGCAGCCGCCCCCAGAGUCGAGAGAGCAGCAGGCCCCAGAGUCCGUCAGCCUCUGUCUUGUCGCCUGGGGAACAGCCACCCACACCGCCUCCAGCCCUAGCCCCAGGUUCGUCUGAAGAGGAGGGCGGUCACAGUGACUCGGUCAUCUAUUACUACCAGGAAGCGGACAAGGAAUGGAAGGUCCUGACUCAGCUACCUGAGGGGGCUAAUGCCAAAGGAUGUGCCAUGUGCGUCCUCUACAACUACCUCUUCCUGGCUGGGGGCAUCCUGCAAGGGGGACCCGAAGGGAGGGCUCGCCUGUCGGACAAGGUUUUCUGCUACAACCCAGUGACUGACACUUGGACCACAGUUCGGUCCCUGAACCAGCCCCGUUCCCAGCUGAAGCUGCUGGCACUGGAUGGCUAUCUCUAUGCUGUGGGUGGUGAGUGUCUGUUUAGUGUGGAGCGGUACGACCCUCGCGCAGACCGCUGGAGCACCGUAGCUCCUUUGCCCAAGGGCGCCUUUGCAGUGGCCCACGAAGCCACCACGUGCAACGGAGAAAUUUAUGUUUCGGGCGGCUCUCUUUUCUACCGCCUGCUCAAGUACGACCCCCGGCGGGACGAGUGGCAGGAGUGUCCUUGUAGUAGCAGCCGCAAGCGCUCUGCAGAUAUGGUAGCCCUCAAAGGCUUCAUUUAUCGCUUUGACCUGUGCGGGGCACGAGGUGAACCUCAAGCGGUGGCCGGAACUUCAACAGCUAGUGGUAGUGGCGGGGUCAACGUGUUUCGCUAUCAUUGUCUGGCUAAGCGCUGGAGUCAAUGUGCUUCGAACCUGAGACCACCUGGGGAGGCAUCGGGACUCCAGCCUUUCCGCUGCACUGCUCUAGAUGGAACUAUCUACUGUGUGAACAGGGCCGGGGCAUGGCGUUUCAGCCUCUCUGAAGAAGGAGAUCCUGGUGAGGAUGGCGGCCAGAAGGGAGUCUUCGAACAGGAGCAGCUCAAAGCCCCUUUUGAUGCUCGAGGGGUCCUCUUUCCCUUUGUGCUCACUCUGCCAGAGAGGUCAGACAAAGGGGAGGCUGGAGUACUGUAGGGGAAGGAGGAGUAGAGACAAUCUUCAGAUUCCCCAGCUCAAAAGUGCAUGGUUCCCUGUAGUCCAAGGGCCAUUUUGGGAGAAGAGUUGAGGGCUGUGGGAAAGAGGAAGGAGGUUAAGACGGUAAAGGUGGGAUCAAUUAAGCGUUCCCAAAUAUAGGUUUGCCAUAAAUUUGGGGGAGAGUAUUGUUUUAAUAUUUCCCCAAAGUCUUCUCUACUUCCCUUGCUUCAAUCCUUUUUGUCUUUACUUGAUGGGACUAGUUGUAAAUGCAGUCUAUAUCAGAUUAAUCAAAUUUACCAUUAAAAACAAUACAGGUUUCCUUUGUGCAAAUAAGGGGGCACCAGAAAGUAACCUUUAGGACUGUUGAUGGGAAAAUGCUGGAAUGUACAGUGAGGACCUCAGGAAUGUGUAGGGGUUAAGAAGCCAGGCGUCAUUGUGAACUGGCACUAUUAACUACCACAUAUUUGGAAUAUAGGGGGAAUGUCAGUAUUCUAAUGAUAAAUGAAUAGGACCAGAAUGAAUGUCUUGUGGCAUCCUUGGAAGGAAGACUGGCCAGUUCUAUGAAAAACAAUGGCCACUUUUGAUUUUCUGUGUGAAGUUCAAAUUUUUGUAGACAAAAAUGAUGAAAAGCUUUGCUAACUGGCAAAAAAGCUAGAUGCUACCAAAAUUACAAAAGACCCUCUUUGUUGGGCCUGUUAAAGACAAAAUAAAUUAUUUAGACCCUAAAAAUAUUAAAUACUUAAUGAUUAGCAUCUUUUAAAGAAAUUUGUACCAUAUAAUAGAAAUAAAUCAGGAGAGAAAAAAAGUUCACUAAACAGACUUAGGCCCUGGCAUGAGGUCAUUCCAGUGUUCAGCUAAGGUAAUGACUGUUAAUUACUCUAUGGCAUAAUAACGGCAUAUACCACUCUUUGAUUCUAAAUCUUGAGAGGAUAAAUGUUUUUAGAAGAGAAUAUCCUGAAAAAUUAUAUAAAAGACUUCCUUCCUGAGAGUAAUUGGAAAAAUGUUUCAUGUGUUGCAGGGAAAAAUAAUGACAUUGAAGAGAGGUCCAUUGUACUAAACACUUUCCCUCCUCUUUAAAUAGGAUACCUAAGUGUAUAUAAAAUACCCCUUUUGAAUUUUGCUUGAGAGGGCGCAUUUUCUUCAAAUGAUAAAAUUACAAUGAAUAGGGCAUAAUAGAAAGCCAGCUUUAGAGUUAGGAAGAAUUGAAUUUGGUCUUGCUUUGGACACAUGCUAGAUAUGAGGCCAUUAACUUCUCAGUACCUCCAAAUAACACAAUAAAUUAUAAUUUAGAGCUUUGCAUCAGUAGAGAGAGUUCCAGUGCUAGGAAAUUACAGGUCUAGACCAAAUGAAAACAAAAAAAUUUCCUUUUCAGUCAUUAAAAAAAUUAUAACAAAAAUCUCAUCAGAAUGCUUAAAUUAUGUCUAAUUUAAAACAUUUGAUUCAUAUUCUGAAAUUUGUAUAAGGCAAACUAAUUUUUUACCAAAUAUUCUAAGAAAAUAUGGCAGCGUUAGUCCAAAACUUCAGCUACGCAGUGAUAAUGAAUACAUCCACACUGAAGGAUCUUAUAUGUGUUGUUACUUAUUAUCUAUGAUUCUAGUAAAAAAUGUAUCUAUUUGCCAAUACCAAAUAGAAUAGUAAAAGUCUACCUUAGCAGACAUUACUUUGAUAAUUUGGAAGAAUUUUAUUCUGUUUUUGAAUUUACUGAUCAUACUAUAAUAUAUUAAAAGCCAAGUGGUGUAGUGAAUAGAGAAUUGACCUUUAAUGCCACUGUGGCCUGAGUUCAAGUGUGAUACAUACAGAUUGUGAGGCCCUGGACAAGUCAUUUAAUUCUCUCAGUAUUUUAUACCAGGCUUCUUAAACGUUUUCUACUUGCAACCCCCUUUCACACAAGAAAGUUUUAUCUGACUUAGGGCAUAUAGAUAUAUUAAAUAAAUAUACAAAUUGAACAUUUAGUAAUAAUAAAUCAAAUUUUUUCAAUCCCACAUCUAGUUAUGAGGCCCCAAACUAGAACCACAAUUUAAGAAGCUUGAUUCUACUAGAUAUUCCUGUAAGAGGUGUUGCAGGAAAUUCUAAAUUAAAGUGAAGACAUUGGCUUUCAUUGGUAAAGGACAUUUCCUUAUCUGAGAGUUCCCUGGAUCAAUGAGAUCACAUAUCUAGUCCAUCUCCUAUGCUAUGCUGUGUUAAUAACACCUUUCAAAAUUGCAGAAAUAGUUUCUAGUUACCAAGAGCUUAAGGGUAAAGCAUAUGCUCAUAAUCACAGACUAAGUGUUCACAGAUUCUAUUUUACAUCAGGAAAUGUGCAUUUGAAAAAGUUGCUGGAAUGUUAUUUAAUUAAAAAUGUGAUGUCUUUUUGCUUGCUAGUUGGGUAAUGUGAGUUGCUAACUGCGGGAGCUACUAGGACUAUUUGCUUUGGUUACAUUUAUCUUCAGAGUCAAUGGUUUACUGAGCCUCAAAACUGUCAAUAUUCUGGUAUAUUUAGAAAUGAUCAAUUUGAAGCUCACCUUGUGCAUGUCUUAAAGAAAUGGAAUGUAAAACAUCAGUUGGUCAUAUAUUCUGAUGUAAUUGGAUGUUUGCUAAUGAUUACUCAUAUAUUGGUAUCUUGGCAAAUUGGUUAAUCAUCUUAGGAAAAAAAAUAAGAGCCUUGUUUUACUCUAUUAGUCAUUUGUUGGAGACAAAAGGUAUUAAGAAUUUUUUUUAAAUCUGUAAGAAAAAUGGAACUAGUUAAAGAUUCCACUUAAAUGAAUCUUUUAUUUUGAGCUUUAGUAUUUUUGUUCCAAAGCUGUAACAUUCAUGCUAAAAUAUUAAACCAUUCUGGAAAAAAAAAAUCAAUGAAAGUAUUUCCAGACAGGAAGUAAAUAAUUAUUGUUAUUUAACUCCAGCUAUUGUUCCAUUAAGUUUGAGGAAAGGUU